CACUGCGAGAGCGACACACCUUCCGCUGAUUUUGCCACAGUUUACACGGGGAUGCGUUUCGAUUCACGGAAAGGUGUCAUCAGUCCAAGAUUUGAGUCGUGUUUUCAACUUGCAGCUUCGCAAUUUGGGGUUUUUUUGCGCAUAGGUUACGAGAUUGCUCCGCUCCAGCUCGAAGAUGACCGGGGUUUUUGAGAACUUAAAUACUGAUAUGCAUUCGAACCAGAUUACCUCAAGCAGUUACCACAGCUUGCACAAAUCGCAGGAGUCCCCGACUCUACCAGUGUCCACGGCGACGGACAGCAGCUAUUACAACAGCCAACAGCCUGGCCACUGCGCAGGGUCUCCAUUUGGCCAACUCGGCUCUUACCAGUACCACGGCAGCGCCACGAGCACUGUGCCAUACAACGCAAAGUCAUACGACCUCGGUUUCAACUCAUCUUAUGGUGCAUACAGCUCCUACGGCUCCAACCCCUCUCCUACUCCAGCCGAUACAGAGAAAGAAGAGAGCGAGCCAGAAAUCCGGAUGGUAAAUGGAAAACCAAAGAAGGUCAGAAAACCUCGAACCAUUUAUUCCAGCUUCCAACUGGCUGCACUUCAACGGAGGUUUCAAAAGACGCAGUAUUUGGCUCUACCAGAACGGGCCGAGCUGGCAGCCUCGCUGGGCCUUACGCAAACACAGGUCAAAAUCUGGUUCCAAAACCGCCGCUCCAAGUUCAAGAAGUUAUGGAAAAGUGGAGAAAUCCCCCCAGAGCAACAUGUUGCUUCCAGUGAAUCUCCCCCCUGCACGUCUCCGCCAGUUACUGCCUGGGACUUUCCACAGACUCAAAGAAUGAACAGUGUCAACUCCAGUUUACCUCAGAGCAGCAGCCCUCCCAACACGCCUUCAUCCUUUUUGGCAAACUACUCCUGGUACUCAACCACGAACUCUGCGGCGCAUCUGCAGCCUCCUCUGGUCCAGCACCACCACAACUCCGCCAUAAGCGCUGGGACGAUAUUCUGAAUAACAAAACAAACAAACAUCGGGUUUAAAUCGGACGAUACUGGUGAAAGCAAACAAAAACAGCAGACAAAUGCCAAUACCUUGAUUUUACAGACCUCGUGUGGGCUCCAUGCGAACUUUACACGCAAAAAAAAAGCAUCUAGGAGAAGUUAAUGGAGCCAGACAGGUUCAUGGACCAAUGGUAGACACAGAUUUCUACAGUUAUUUUUGUAUUUAUUUAUUUUGUUUAUGUCGAGGGAUGAAUGAACCACUAUUACCCAAAGCAAUCACAGCCUGGCACAAGCCUACUUUUACGCGGACGUCACUUUUUUUGCCAUUCCUGCAAAAUAAAACAUUAAUCGCAGGACAACCUGUCACAAAUGUAGCACAAGUUAACUGUAUCGUGCCUUUUUCAACAUGACCUCAUUUUGUUGUGAUAAAAAACAGCUUACCUUCAUCCAUUCCUCAUGGCAUUAAUUGAUUUGAAUAAACUGGGGGGUAAGUGUCUGAAUCCACGUUUGUAAAUAUUUUGCCACAUCUUUUUUAUUUUGUUUUAUUUUGAUAGCCCAUGUCGCUUUGAUUUUUUUAAUGCUAUUGGUGCAAAUCUAUUAAUUAACCACCGUAAGCUACUGAUUGUCCUACCCUCUGAUUUACCUGUAUCACAUUUAAUUGUAUUUUUGUCUUAUUUAUUUUAGCAGUG